AUAGUAGUAGACAACAAUAAAGGUGAUAUUUCUUCUAUUAUAAUCUCAUUUUAUAUACUAUCCCUAAGUCCAGUCAAUCUUAUAUUUCUCAUUUCAAAGUUUCUUUCAUCCUUGGACAACUCAUAUCUAACUUCACCACCUUCCAAUAUUUGUUCUAAUAUCUAACCCUUCCACAAGCUUAUGAGAAAUUAAAUUAAAUGUACCUCACAUUAUCCCUUUUUAUUUUGUUACUUUCCUUUAAUGUUUGCACUUCUCGCAUUCUUGUAGAACUUGAAGAGACAUCCAGCACUAAGAUCAACAUUUCUGAAAAGGUGUCAAAGAGUAUGGAGAAAGAACCUUUAGAAUCAAAUGGAGAAACAAAAACAGAAGACAUGAAAGUUAAUAAAAAUAUUGGAGUUGUCCAAGUGAAACACAUGAAACAAGAGGUUUCAAGGCAUGUUCCAAGAAAAUCAGGUGUAUCAGUUUCUUGGUUAGUGCCUCAUAGAAAAGAGGGUAAAAACCCAGGAUUUUAUUCGGAUUAUUCUAGACCAAGGACACGCCCUCCUUCUCACAAUUGAUUAUUCUUUUCCCAUAUUAUUUUUUGUCUGUGAAUUAACAUCUUGAACCCUCUUAGACUGUUGUUUCUUUUUAGCUCCAAACGGAAAUCUUGUUGUGGUAAUCAUCGAAAUCUAUGCAUGUAAUGUAA